GCGCUGCGCUCUGCCAUUGCGGCGCUGGUCCCCGAGUGGGGCCAGAUUGGGAUAGCCUCGCCCGCGAAGUACUUGGGAUCUGAAGUGAGGCCUGGCCGUGGGACACUUUCCUGGGGCGCUCCGUUGAAGAAGUUCCGCGACCGAGCGGAGUUGUGGAGAUCGAUCGGUGCGGGCCUUUAUUUGACGGCGGUGGCCUACCGCGUCUACUUCCUGAGCGUGCUCCUGUUCGUGGCUUGCGUGCUGCUCCGGCUCGCCCCCAGGCCCGGGAAUUGGAUUUCAGCACCGGCGCUGCAGUCUCUCAUGGAACUCGGGUUCACCUUCACAUUUGCCUCGCUUGUCUCAUGUGCCACGGUCGCUGCUGCCUGGACGUACCAAUACGAAAACAGGCACGGUGGAUGUCUUCGAGUGCAGGAGUGGGCCCAGCAGCUGCUCGAUCGGCUGCACGGGUCAGACAACGUCACUUUUCAGAUGGCAGCUUGGAUCCGAUCCUGCUCUCUUCUGCGGCUCCAGGAGGCCGCGGGCGCCGUUGCGACGGCGGCACGCGCUCGGGGCACUGCGCCCUGCCUGAUGGACACCAACCCGAUGGACGACGCGGAGCGGAAGACAUGGCAGCGCCGGGCUGUCACCCUACUGAGGUGCCUGCUCGGUUGCAAUCGCGGGGAGGGUUCUAUUGAGCACUACGCUUGCUGCGAGCUGUAUCACUCCUUCUGCUCGCGUCACGCUGGCCUAGCGCUCCCGGCGCCCGGUGACCGGCUGGCUUGUUUCUUGAAUUUCGGCCAGUCCCGUCGCUUCCAACAAGGAGAGGACACGGCGGAGCAAGCCACGCUCUUGCGGACACUGACGGUGUACGCGGUGUACAGGGCGCACGGCGACGCCCGUUGCGGGUCCCUGCGCGUGGGCGCUGUCGUCUCUGCCCUCCUUGCCCUGCUGCGGGAGGGCGCUCGCGGCCACUCAGCUCUGGAGUCCCUGCUGCGCUCCAUCCAGCGCCGGCCGUUGGUUUCGUAGCCACUAUCCUUCCUCCCUCCUACUCUCGCCGUUGUGCCGACUGCCGCCAUCCUAUCAAUCUUAGGUUUCGUGCCGUGCCCGCCAACAGCGCGGUGCUUCCUAGCCGGUCGUGCGUGGCGGCCGUUGUUGAGGUGCACGCGUGCUGCGAAUCCGUUUCUAG